GGCUGCCCGGCCCCCAGCGCGCCCUCAGCGGUGAGCCGUCCGUCCCUCCCGGCGCCCUGUCUCUGGCACGGCCCCGCCCAGAGCCUCCGAAACCCGCAGAUGCCGGCCGCGCCCCCGCGCUGCUUCUCCCAGAGCGGGACGGCGAGGCUCCCGGAUCGGCCGCGUGUGCGGACCUGCGCGGGGGCCGUGGUCCUCGGCGCCUCGGAUCGGAGUUUACGGUGGCGCCGGCGGACAGGCCCCCUCGGCCCGGCUCUGCCCCGGCGUCCCCGCGCCGCCGCCUGCGCGCUCUGCAGCCCUCAGACGCCCCCGUCCUGGGACCCCGCGAGGGCCCCGCCCGCCUCGCCUCUGCAGCGACGGCCCCCCGCGGGGCGCCUCGUAGAAGUCCGGGCGCUGCGCCGCGGCCCCGCCGCCCCUCCCGCCUGUCUCCCGGGCUUCGCACCCGCGCCCGCGCCCCGGUCUUCCGGAAAGGGUCGACUUCCGUUCCUGGAAUCGCCGCUCCUCUCGCCUCUCCGGCGGGUCCGUGGGUGCGGAAGCUUCGGGACCAUCUCGCUGAACUCCGGGGCCCGCGGUGUUGCGGUCUCCUGCUCCCCCGAGUCCUCCCGAAUGAGCCGGCGUGGACGCCACAGGAGACCAGAGACUGUGGCCUCUCCGUGCUCCUGGCGGUGGCCCCGGGGGAGGGUACCAGGGCACGCCCCGCCCCCGCGCCCUGAGCCCUUAGUGACUCCGUCCCAGGUGUGGGCGCGGCGCUGGUCUUCUGUCGCCCUGUCUGCGUACACUCGAGUUCGCGGCCGGCUCCUGUUGCGGGCGGCUGGCCACCUGGACCUGGCCCGGGCUGCAGGGUCCUGCCACCCAGCACGGCCCCCGCGGGUCGCUGCUCCAGGAUGUGGGGCCGGCGGCCGCCACUGGGAAGAAACAGGCCGUCCUCCGACUCUGUCCUGACCUUCCCAGUGUUGCCGGUAACCCAGAGAAGGCCGGGCUCAGGGCCCCCAGCUGUCGGCCCCUUGAGCUGUUGGGGCCGCAGAUUCCCAGGUGCUCACGGAGGCAAGCGUGGCUGACUCUCCCGGAGGGACUGUCCGGACACAAGGCCCCACAGACCCCGAAGGAAGGGCCCUGCUCGUCCCCAGGGAGGAGAGGGCAGAGGGGCGAGCUGGCCACGGGGGACAAUAGGUCAGAGAACAAGAGGGAGGUGACGAGACUGUGGGACAAAGCCAGGCAUGGCUGAGACGUACUUGCUGGGACUUUCCAUGUGGCCCUUGCCCGUCGAACGGUGCCAGGAGAGGACCCACUGGAUUCCGCCGGUGAGGCCUCCCCCUUGGACACGGCCUCCCCCCGUGCGUCAUGUGUCCCACACCCUCGGUAGUAGCCGAGUGAAGGGUGACCACCUCCUGCUGCACGUAGAGCGACGAUCUGUGUGGAGAAAGGGCUUCCUAACGACGUGUGUCACGCUGAGUUCUGACAAGAGACCCUGAGCCCGCCCCGAUCAGCCCAACCUUCCGUUCUAGAGAAGUCACUGAAUCGCUUCUCGGCCUUUUGGCUAAGAUCAAGUGUGGAGAAGUCACUGACUGUUAGUUGGCUCAGGCAAGAAUUUGGUGUCCUCUGGGUUAUUGGGACAUAAGGAUGAGGAAACCCAGAGAACUGAAGUGAGGACUGGUUCUCUGCGGUCAAAACGCAUUCUUUGCUGCCCCGGCUCCGGUUUCUCAGGGAGGCUGAGGACACGAGCCUGUCACCAGCAGCAGCUGAGCCAGCCUCUUCUCACAGCUCAGUGCUUCCCCUUUCUCCAGGGACUCUGGACGUUCCCAGGGCACCAGCCAGACCUCUCCAUUCCUCCAGCUGUCCAACGACAGGGUACCCACAACGCAGGACAACGUACCUCACCAUAGCACACAACGCCGCCCCAGACCUCAGAUGACAUACCACACCUCUCCACACCUCACACCUCACCACACAGCACCGCACUCAGUACCAGAGCACACCUCGCCACACAACGCACGGCCCCCACCCUGUGCUCCUCCAACCGCAGCGCAGCAGUGCACGACCUGUGAGGACGUGCUGGGACCACCAGGGCUCCCAGGAGGGGGUGGUGGCCCCCCGCCAGCUGGAGGAAGAAACAAUGUUUGUUUGCACAGUCGGCAUCCGCUGCCUCGUACAGCCUCUUCGGACUGGCGAGCGCUGUAAUGUACACAGAAAGUCCUGUUCCUGGCGCAGCCCUAAAUAUUUACGCGGCGCGCAAACAAGGCCGAGGAAUUCCCUCCAGCCAUAUAGUGACUUAAUAAACAUGGGGCCAUUAGGUAGUGUUUGUCUUGGUCAUGCAUGACAAGUUACUGAUUACGGGACGGUGACAUCUGAAGGCCAAGACUGCCAGACCCAGAGUUCGAAACGGCGGGCCGCGGCAAGGGGGAUGCUCUUGGCACUGUUAGUCUCGGGGUGCAGACGGCAGACAACGGGGACCCGGCCUCCCCACGCAGCUGGACGGGGAGCAGCCCAGCCUUGCGCCUGUGGCUGCUGCGUCCUGUUCUGCGGUGGGACUCGCCUUGUGCCCUGGGGCCACGGAGGGUCCCUGAAGCACCACUUCCCACAUGUCCCCCAUCAGCGACUUCCUGGGCUCCCCACAGAGAGAACCGGGAGACAAUGCUUCCUCCUCUGGGCUCGGCAUUCUAGGCCCCGCCGCCCCCAGGCCACGUCCCUGUCGGUUUCCGCUAUCUUUAGCGACAGAAGGAAAGCAAACACAGUUUCGCUUCUUCCCACAAAACAGUUUAGAUAUUUCCGAGUGCGUGUUGCAUUUUAAGAUUGUUUGUCUCCGGGAGCGAGGAAGAGCCCGAUGAGCCCAGAGAAGCAGCAGCGUCUCCCGCACUCAGCCCCAAGGAGCGGCUUCCAGAAGCCUCACGCACGCCGGCUCGGGGCACCCGGCCACAGGCUUCUCUGGCUGUGUGUUGGGCAGGACGUCCACGCGGGGCGGCCACACAGCAGGCUCCGGACAACGGCGAGCUGGCGACAGCCACGUGCGUCUGUGAAGGAUGGGGGCAGGAGGAGGUGCGGUGCGCAGAGGGAAGCGCCCGCGUCGGAAGGCUGGGGACAGCCGGCCUCUCCAGUCCUGCUCCUGAGCAUGAGGAUGCGCGCCUGCCACCGGGAGACGGCAGGGUGGCCGGGGUGGGGGACGUGCUUGACCACACCCAGGCGCCCCAGGAGGGCUCCAGACCUGCCCUGCGCUUUCCAGGUGGCCUCAAGCCUGCUGCUCAUGAGCAUGUCCCUGUCCCCACCUGUCACCGUCUGACCGCGGGCGCUGCGCCUGGUCCCCGGCCCCACCGUGCACAGAGUGCGGCCCGGCCUGGCGGGGUUGGGGUCACUCGCAGCUCGGAAGCGCCGGGGAGAUGUAAAGCGGGGCUCGCUCUCCCUCCCGCACGGCCACCGGCUCUUCUGUCUCAUCGUCACCCCCACCCGCCCUCCCGGCCCGGCUGCUUCUCCCGCGGGGCAGAAACCGACACGGGACGCGGGUGGACGGUGCCCAGAGCUGGGUCCCCUGACCACGAGGAUGUGCCCUCCCGUGUAUUCACAGCUGCCCCAUCCGCGCGGGUGGGGCUUGCCCGUGAACUCUCCCCAGGCCGUCGUGUCGAAGCAUUCAAGUCCUAGUUCGUGGACGGAAUGUGCACGCUCACGCACGUCUGGGGUCCGGCGGUACGUGUGGGGUCUGGGCCUGGCCACCCACUCACGUAGCCGGCCUGGCCAGCUGCCAGCCCAGACGUCUGUGCUCUCACUGCGCAGUGGCGAGUUCGGCGGGGCCAGAGUGCGCAGCCCUGGGAGAGGGAGGCCUGCUGGGCUUCGGGACGGGGACACGAGAGCCUCUGCGGCACGGUUAGUGCCUGCGACCUGCUCCAGGCUCUCUCCCUGCUCCUGGGGAUCCCUUGGAGCAUUGUCUCAGGUUUGGGAGAACCUCACCCACCGAGCCUCAGUGAGCCAGGCCCCAAGCUGUCCUGCAAAGCUAGGGACUUGCUGGGUGGGAGGGGGUGAGUAUGAGCUGUGGCCGGCGCUACACGCCCCAGUUCCAGAAAGAGUCUCCCGCCCACGGAGCAGCACCGCCUUCCCCCGCGAACGGACGGGACCCACACUGGGCAGGCUGGAAAGGCUCCUUGGGCUCCGAAGUUGAAUGACCCUGGGAAAGACAGAAACAGCCUUGGGAGGAUGUGUUUAACGUCAAGGGGGCCCUACGUGUGGGCCCAGGGUAAGGACAUAAGGAGGAGUGUGUGGCGCAGGCCUUAAUCCUGGAAGGUUGUGAACUGAAUCAACAAGGUGUGCGAUAAAGUGCAUCCGUCCGUCUGUCCGCCCUGAUGAGAAGUUCACAGAGCGAAUUAAAUGUGUAAAAUUGUGGUGAUUAUUUCAUAAAAAUGGCAAAAUAUCAAAGACAACUGAAUUCGAUUAUCAUGUAUGCUUGGGU